GCCAGCAGACUUCUGUGGCAGAGACUCCUUAGAGCCCUCUUUCCUCUGUGACUGGGCUGCAGCCCCCUGAGCCCCUGCCUGUUGGUACUGUGCUGGGGAGGCCAGGAUGAAGGCGAAGACGCUGGUUAUCGCGGUCACCCUGCAGGCCCAGCUCCCGCUCUCAGAGGCACAGAGUUUCGGCCUGCUGGACCCCAAACUCUGCUACCUGCUGGAUGGACUCCUCUUCAUCUAUGGAGUUAUCAUCACCGCUCUGUUCCUGAGAGCAAAGUUUGGCAGGGGUGCGGAGGUGCCAGUCCAUCAGCAGGGCCAGAACCAGCUCUACAAUGAGCUCAAUCUAGGACGCAGGGAGGAAUAUGACAUUUUGGAUAAGCGGCGGGCCCGGGACCCCGAGAUGGGCGGGAAGCAGCCGAGGAGGAAGAACCCCCAGGAAGGCGUGUACAAUGCCCUGCAAAAAGACAAGAUGGCAGAGGCCUACAGUGAGAUCGGGAUGAAGGGUGAGCGGCGGAGAGCCAAGGGGCACGAUGGCCUUUACCAGGGCCUCAGCAUGGCUACCAAGGACACCUAUGAUGCCCUCCACAUGCAGACUCUGCCCCCUCGCUAACAGCCAAAGGAUUCUGCCUCUUACGGGCCUGACUUACUGAUGCCCAGAUGGUGAAGGACAUAGGAUUAAGCAUUCGCAGCCACGAAAGUGUUUCUGUAUGAAUAGGAUGCCUCAAAUUGUAACCUUUGGUCUUCUUUAAUCUCAAACGAUCCCACACAGAACGUCAUCCCUGGACUCCCUCUCCCCCAGGGUGGCCGGCCUGUCCUGGGGUCUUCUGGCUUGCUGGUGACUGCAGACGGCUCCCUUUCCCUGAGGUUCCAGGCCCCGGCUGGGGGACAGCUGCACACCCUCUCACAGCUCACUUGUUAUGUCAGUGUUCUGUAAAGUCCCCAGGGAAGCCCCCAAAUGUAAGCACAUGUCCAGUCUGUAUCUUUCUGUCCAAAUUUGAGUGGCUUUGCUCCUGCUGCAAAUUUGGCUUCCAUGGUCAACCUUCCCUCAUUUCAAGGUAGCCUGUCAGAGCCACUUGGUGCCCUGGCAGCAGCACACCACUUGCUGAGGUGGGUGAGGGAGGACAGGGCACGGGGAGGACUAUGAGGAGCAGGGGGCCUCUUCCUGCAGGCGUGCUUGUCACAGGUGCCCCCGGGACUGAGAUGGACAAGACAGCCUUCCUUCAUGGAGCGCACGCUGAGGGGGAAGCACUGGCAAGACGGCAGGAAAACCACAGGAAGUGUCACUAUGGAGGACGAGUGAGAGAAGGGUGCCAGCUCAGGCUUGCUCUCAAGCCUGCCCUCGCCCCACCUUUGCCUGAAUGGCGGGCUGUCCUUGCAGAGGUCUUGAAGAUGAUCUGGCACCACAUAGCCCCUUGAUCAUCCCUGCGGGCCGGGGUGCCAUGGGAGAAAGCCCUGGACACUUGCUGUGCAAUUAAAGACACAUGGCCAUGGAUGGAAACCCCUC